AUGACAAGUCAACCAAUUGUAAUUCCACCAAAUAGUUUAAAUGAAUUUUAUACAUUUGAUAAUGGUUGGCAUCAAACAUUUUUUGAUUCAUUUAAACCAUGUCCACAAUCUGCUUUUGCUUGUUUUUGUAAUCCAUGUUAUAUAGCUAAAUUAAAUGAUCGUGUUAAUGAACAUUUUCUAAUUUGUUGUAUUAAUCCAUGUUCAUUAAUGGUAUUACGUACAAAAGUUCGAACAGCUUUUCAUAUUCGAGGUAGUUUAGCAGAAGAUUGUUAUACAACAUGUUGUUGUUUAUAUUCAUGUGCUGCAAUGCAAAUCGAAAAAGAACUUGAUCAUCAAAGUAUUCCUAAUAUUGUAGUACAAACAAAACCAGGUGAUGAUGUUUGGGCAUUUGAAAAUUGGUGGACACAACAAUUACAUCAAUGUUGUGAUAAUACAGAAAUUUGUUGUCUCGUAUGUUGGUGUUGUCCAUGUACAUUGUACAAAAUCUAUGAUCGUGCUGAUGAAGAUUUAUUAACAUGUUGUUGGCCAAUGACUUUAUGGCCAUUACGUACUAAAAUUCGAACUUUAUUUCGUAUACGAGGUUCUGUAUGUGGUGAUUGUUUAGCUGUUUACUGUUGUCCAUGUUGUGCUAUAAUUCAAAUGCAUCGUGAAUUAACACAACAAGGAUUAUAA